GGUGACUUGUCGGCAGACGCUCGAGCGACAUCGGCAAGAGCAGCCGCAGUAAAGCAAUCGUAGGCACUCGAAAGCAAUCGGAACGCUUCCAUCGCACUUCCAAUCCACGCUUGUCGUUUCCAAUGCAGCCGGCCUCGAAUUGAGUGGAUGACGUCACAUCCAUGCAAUGACGUCAUUUUGGCUGAGCGCUACGAAAUACCGCAGAUGACAGUGUGAUGACUGAGAGUUUUAUAGACGUACGUGCGCCUAUUAACAAUCGGGCUUGCAGUGAAGUGCUCAACAUAUUUCUUGGUUGCGCAGAAACUCGGUAGAACUAUAAUAACACAAAUACAAGAGGGGGAAUUUAUUAGCAACUAACAAUUAGAGGAAUGGAGGUUGCACUACCAAGCAACGCAGCGAUGGCAACAGGAGAUGCGAUCCCAGCUGAGGAUUCACAGAACCAUAUGGGGCCGGUGUACAUCGUGGACUCCAUCAGGAAAACACGACGGAAAAAGGGCGGGCUAGAGUACCUUGUAAAAUGGAAAGGAUGGCCUGCCAAAUUCAAUACUUGGGAACCCGAAGAAAACAUCCUGGAUGUGACUCUCAUCAAACUCUUUCAGCAACGAAAAGAGAGAGCCCGGCAGCGCAAACUGAGCGCCCGCCGUGGGAGCUGCAACGGGGCCAGAGAAGCGGGCGUACGCCCACCACAUGUCGUAAUACUCAAGGAUGGUAAAAGCUGUUACGCCACCAAGAAGAAUCGGAUGAGAAAUAAAUCGCAUCAUUCUAGCUCAUCAACGCAGUCGCCAUCUGGCCUUGAGGAUGCACUAGUCGCCCCGUUAUGCCGUCUUUCGCCCACUGCACCUGACAGGUAUAGCGCCGUUAAUCAAGAACAGCGAGGACCCGACACCUUGCCCACGAUUACCACGCAGAAAUCGGAAGACCGCGAGCGUGAACACGCGAGCAGGGCCCCGCGGCAGCUGGACUGCCUUCGAGGAAUUAAAUUCAAGCUGGGCUGGCGGUACGACAGCGCUCCCUUCGCCAACCAUGACGUCAAUGCCUUGACUUCGCCUCCCCCCGGGGGCAACAUCUCAGCGGUAAUUCCACCCUUCGUCCGAAGGGAUUCCCAUCAGGAGCCGAAAAGAUCGGAUUAUACAGACAGUCAUCUCUCGGAGCUUGGGGGAGUAACUCAGACCACCAAGCCCGCCUUCGGCUGUAUCAGUGAGAAAAUAACUCCGGCAUCUAACGAUCCGCCACACGUUGGGGUCAGCAUCAACUCCACCAACUGUCAAUCGGAUGAGGCAAGGCGCGAAACAUCAAUAGGCAGAUCGGACGAUAUUUGUCAGUUGGCGGCAAAAAAGGUUUCUGCUAUUGCAACCGAUGGCGCCAAAAUAAGUGGAGGGAUCAGGGCCGAUGUAGGCAGUGACGUCAACAGGGAACAAAGUGAAGCCUGUGAAACCAUUGACUUAAAAACAAACUCUCGAGACGAGGUAAACAACUACAGCUGGUCGAGUUGUCUGGGACGCUCCAACAAGGGGAUUGGAAUUAUUCUAUCGAGAGAACACAAUGUUUGGAACGUGAAAAGCACAAGACAUUGAAUAGAAUUGACCGAUCGC